CGUAUUAGAGCCACUGCCUCCCGGGGUGCUCCGAGAGUCAGCCUGCUCCAUACACGCUGACGUGGAAAUUUUUCAUAUUUCGCCAUAUGUCCGCCAUCGAUGCGGGAUAAGUGUCUUAACGACCGACAUUUGCACAGUCGCCCGAUCAUUCUGAUUCCCAUCCGAUUUGUGUUCAUCAGGCAUGACUGCAGCAUGUCGGGUGUGGCGCCGGUUGGGAUUGAGGAAUACGGACCACUGAACAAAGAUGUACUUUUACAAGAUCAGUACAAGCCAUGCUAAGAUCACUGUGUCUGUGUAUAUGUAUAUUACCGGGGGAAGUGCCUUUUGUCCUGGUGUCUUUUGUUUGCCUAGGGCAGUCUACCUUUCCCCUCCCUCUUCUAUGGACGUGUCUGUGUGCUGGUUCCACCAAUUGAUUCAUAGCAUAACAUGCUCAUUGAUUGGAUAUAUUGUAAAACCACCUUUUGUCUUGGUGUAUAAUAAACCACUGGCCAUUGUAGAGGGAGGCAGAAUACUGGACCCCAGCUAAGAACGACUGCUGUGACGUUAUUUCCGGGGGAUUGCGCAACAUCACCACACGAUACAUCAAGGUUUCCGGAUCGAUUGUCCAUUAAGGCAAAAGAUCAUUUAAUUCUACCACAACAGAUGGCGAGCCUAAUGCAGGUGGUUCAAUUUUUCCCUUAAUUUCAGCAGAAUUAAAAGGGGCCAUAUUUUAUUUUGGGCAGCAAAAAGGCCGGCAUUGAGAAAAGGCUACCAUCCAUCCUGCAGCAUUCGAUUUCUCCUCCCUGGCUUUUCUAGUGGCAGCAUUUGGCUUCUUCUCCUCCUUGAUUCGGGGCCCAGCAGAUUCUUGAAGAAAGAAGACACCCUGGCUUCCGUGGGUUCGCUGUUGUGCAGGAGCAAGGAAGGGUCGCUGUUGUGCAGGAGCAUGGCUGUCUGCUUAGGGGCAGCCAUAUGCGUAAACAGAGUCUCUGAAGGCACAAGGGAAAAUCCCCAGCCGGCCCCAGCCCUCCCCUCUGUCCUCUUCCCCAGCUCUGACGAGGAGCCGCCGUUUGGGAAGCUGCGCACAAUGCUGCCAGUAGAGACACAUGCGCUCGUGCCGGCCCCAGCCCUCCCCUCUGUCUUCUUCCCAAGCGCUGACAAGGAGCUGCUGCUGUGGAAGCUGCGCACAAUGCUGCCAGUAGAGACACAUGCGCUCGUGAUCUAUAGGCAGCUCUGGAAUGCACCCACCAGGGAGAUGAAGAGAGCGGAGGAGGGAAGCCGAUGCACGGGGAAGGAGAGACGCUGCUGCUGCUGGACGUCAGUGAGGAGCCAGGGAGGAGAAAUCGAUCGAUGCAGUGUGGAUGGUCGCCUUUUCGCCGUUUCUGAAGAGGACAGGAAGUGGAUUUUCUUACAUCAAAAUCAUGCCUAAAUGUAUUGUUAACGGAUGCCCUCAUCGUAGUGGUCAAAAAUUAUUGUACCCUGAUGUUGUGCUCCAUCCCUUCCCGAAAAAUAUCGAAAGAAUCAAAAAUUGGCUUUUGCAAACAGGACAGCACGCUGAGGAUCUGGAACCACUUGCCCAAAGAAUUCUUCUUGGCUGGAAAACUUCCAACUUCAGAAUGUGUUCUAAGCAUUUCACAGAAGAAUCUUACACACAAAGUGGCUCAAAAAGAAUUUUAAAAAAUAAUGCCGUUCCAACAGUAUUCGAAAAUGUACAUGUUCCAGUGACAACUGUCAUAACAGUACCAACAACUCCAUCUGCAAUCCCAUCAGCCAAAAGAAGAAGAGUGGAUGAUGAGCAACCAACAACCUCUUCAACAAUAAUAAGAGCGGUGUCUAGACUAUCAACUAUAGCAACACAGACUGAUCCAACUAUGAAUACAAAUAACGUCGCGUGUAUGGCAUGUACAAUAUGCAAAAAUUGUUCUACUCAAACAAAACGCAUUAUUACUAAAGAAAUUGCUACCCAAAGUGGAGAUGAGUAUAUUGCAGCUGAUGUAGUUCAAAUUCACAAAGAUCAUCUUUACCCAGUUUCAUUCUCAACUCCCUCUAAACCUAUUGACAAGCCAAUUGAUAUUCUGUCACCCAUCCAAUCGUCGGUUACACCGAGCAACAUCAUAUCAACACCAAGAGCAGAAACGUCUAGCAUUACAGCCGAUUCAUUUAUUCUAUCCUCACCCUCAUUUGUAGAACCCAAAGAUUCUACAUUUGACAUUGAAAGACUUUCAUCAUCAGAUGAUACCAGUAGUGGAAAUGACACAAUUAAACAGUCUGAGGAACAAGCAUUCUCAACAGAUAAGUUUCAAUCAAAAAAGAAAUUUAUUAUCUACGACAACAAAUUGGAUGAAUUGUUAAGAAUUGUUCGUUGUCAACACAAUGUCGAUCCUCCUUGCCAAGCUCCCAUUGUAGAUUUUCAAAAAACCGAAGACGGAAGUAUGUUAACUGUCAAAUUAUACUGUUUUAAGUGGUCACCAUUCUCUGUUGUGGAACUCGCAACCUGUAUUAGGAAAGACAUCAGUAGGAAAUGUUGAAAUUGCAGGGUCUGUAAUUCUUUCUGGAUCAACAUUUCAAAAAAUUCAGGAUAUUUUCAAAUUGCUAAAUAUUCCAUUCAUCAGCCACACAACGUUUUACAAAUAUCAAAGGAACUAUGUGUUCCCUGCGAUUGACCACCAGUGGAAAAAAGAAAAAGAGGAUUUAAAAAGAACCAUUUUAUGCAAACCUGUCGUUUUGGCCGGAGAUGGUCAAUUUGACAGCCCCGGAUAUUCUGCUAAAUAUUGCACUUAUACCAUGAUCGAUGUUAUUUCCAAAAAAAUCGUGCAUUUCCAUAUAGAACAGCUUGGUUUUGGAAAGACAUCUGCACAGAUGGAGUGUGAAGGUUUGGAUAAGUGUCUCACUACUCUGGUCAAAAAGGAAAAAAUAAAGUGAAAAUAGUUGCAACGGUUCGGCACAGCACUAUUCGCACUUUGAUGAGGACCAAAUACACUAAAAUUGACCAUCAAUUUGAUGUUUGGCACAUGUGCAAAAAUCUAACCAAAAAACUUAGAGCUGCAAGUAGAAAAAGGAAAUGUAAAGACAUCGCAAGCUGGAUUAGUGGCAUUACAAAUCAUUUGUGGUGGAGUUCACAAGCGUGUAAGCAGAACUCAAAGAUUUUAGUCGAUAAAUGGAAAUCCGUACUAUACCAUAUUGCCAAUAAACAUUCUUUCAGAUCACUCAAGUAUUACAAGAAAUGUCAGCAUCGUAGACUGACCAAUGCCGAAAAGAAAGAUACAAAAUGGAUUGGUGCUAAUCACCCCGCUCAUUCGAUUCUCGCUGAGAUAAUCAAUGAAAAAAAAUUUGUCAACGACCUUGCAAAAAUUGACAAAUUCUGCCAUACAGGAGACCUUGAGAACUUUCACAGCAAAGUCUUAAGAUUUAGGCCCAAGAGACUCUCUUUUAAAAUGGACUCCAUGUUGGCUAGAACCACCCUUGCUGCAUUGUCGCACAACCACAAUGUUCACAGAAAGCAUGCUACAAUCAAAAGUGCCAAGAAAAGCUCUCUUUCUGUUGGUGAGAAAAGGUUCAAAAUUGUGUUUCCCAAACAAAAAAAAGACUGGGUGGCAAAACCGAUUUAUGAAGAGGUGGUUGAUGACCAUCUAUUUGAAAUACUUGCAAACACUGUCCGUAUCUUAAGUGGUGAACUGAAACAUGACUGGUCUUCAACAUCAACAGAAAUGCCACAAAACAUUGCAACAGUGGAAUGACCAGAAAAGAGCUUAAUUGUAGCAAAGCAUUUAUCUCGUUUUUCUCGAAGUUAAGUUGAUAUACAAGAUCUGUAUAAAAAUAACUUAAAAUAUUUCACGUCACCUUACCAUGUGAAUUUGAUUACUUUAAAUUACAAAACAAGGUGACUAAGCAUUUGCUAUAAUUUGUUGUGUUUCUUAAUUUAAUAUAUAUUUUGUUAACUGCAGAAUUUAUAAGGUUUUAAUAUAUUUCAGUUGUUUAAUAAAUACUUUCAAUUAAAAUA